AUGGCCGUUCGAACACCAUUCGCUCUACUGUUGCUACUAUCGAGCUGGCUUCACAUUGAGGCCAUCAUUCCUUCUAAAGUCAUCGACCUGCAGCAAGUUCUGUACGGUGAGCUACAACUUCUAGAACGAAGCUCCUUGAACGUUCAGUCCCGUUCACCGCACAGUGGCCAGGCUUACGCGGACCUGCGUACGGUGUUUGACGAGUUCGAGCGUCAAAACCAAGAAAGCAUUUCGGCCAUUUUGCGCGUACUGGCCCUGGUUGACCACACGCUCGAGAACACGAUUAAGGACUGUGCCAAGAUCUUCGAUCUGUCGGCGCUCGACAGCCGUAACGUCAUCUUUCGAGACGUUACCCGGCCUUUGCUGGUGCGUGUAGAGGAGCUCUGCCAGCUGCUGGCGUCCGAUCAGCUGGACAAUCUGGAACCCAUCAUGGAAGCGGUGGAGAAGGAAGCGAGCCUCUACCGAGUGCGGCUAGAUGCCACAAAACGGAGCAUUGACGGUGUUUUGAGUUGGCUAGGGAAAGAAGUGCCCCAGUUGUGGAUAGCUAAACGGGUCGAUGAAACAUUUGCCCGGUGGCAAUUGACUAACUCGACGGCAUACCUCAAGAUCAUGCCUGCGAUCGCUAGUACGAUCGAUAGACAGCGUUCCGUUUAUGUGUUACUAUCGCAAGCCUCUUUGAAAGAUUCGAUCGAGAGCCAAAACUUCCUGUCCAGCGUAGACCGUUUUAUGUCGCUCCUUGCCAACGAAACGGAGCUACUUGAAAACGAUGUCGCUGUUGAGCUACAAGGCUGGUUAAACGAAACGGAGGAAAUGGUUCAAAUUGUCGCGGAAGAAGCGGUCACCAUUCUGAACAAUCUUCUAAACGCACCCGCUAGUGCUUUUCUGCAGGGUGAAAGUAGCCUCGAUUGUCUAGCCGAGUAUUACGCCCAGUCCGCUACGCACAAUAUCUGGUCGGGCGUGGACAAUGUGUUUGGCUGCUUCAACAACGAUAAAGAAAUCCUCGGUGCCUUCGAAAUGGCUAGCCAAUUGCUAGGCAUCGCUGAGCGGGACAUUCACUAUGUACUGCAAGGUCUUGCCAGCUGCAGUACUAGAGCGGCACCGGCUGAAAUAGACAUCGAUCUAAUGAAUUGCUCCGAAGCGGCAAAAAGUAUUUUGGAAGUUGCAGAAGAGUUUGUCGUGACGAAAAUGAAUGAAGUCUAUUUUCACAUUGCGGAUGCGCUGAAUUUUGGCGAGCUGAAACUGGAAACGUGUCUGUAUGAGAAAGCACGACACUUGCUGUUGGACGUUUAUAUUGUAAAUCAACAAUAUCGCGACUGUAACGCGCAGCAGGAGCCUCAACUAGACCAUGAUGACCGUCAAACCACUAAUACUGUAGAAAUAUAA